UCCGUCAUCUUUUUUACUAUUUUUCCGUGGCAAUAUUUUUAACUAUGAAAUUAUUUAUAAUUAGCUCAAUAUGGUUAGUAGCAGUGACAGCAACGAGUGUACCCGUGGAAAGUGACAAAAUAUCUCCACUCAAAUCCUCCGAGGACUCACCAGAGACAGCCAAAGAGAAGAGAUAUUUGGUCCACUCGCACUCACCUACGCCAUGUCCGCCGUUUUAUCCGCAUUACCAUGCGCCGAUGUCUCAAAUCCACUAUCCGAAGCCAGUGUACGGACCACCAGCUCACCCUAAGCCAAUGUACGGACCGCCGAUGCAUCCCAAGCCAGUCUACGGAGUCCCAGAGUACCAGAAGCCAGUCUACAAACUACCCGAGUACCAAAAACCAGUUUACAAACUGCCAGAAUACCCGAAACCAGUCUACGGACCACCGAUGCAUCACAAACCAGUUCAAUUGAUUCACCAACCAACCUACCAAUCUUACGUACCCCAGCAAACUGUCUCCUAUAUAAAACCCCACGUGUCCAAACCCGACUACCAUUAUUUACCAUCUAAACCUAUUGUCCACCAGCAACCGCUUAUUCACCAUAGCUCAGAGUGGCAGUACCCAAAACACAUCGGUUACGAGAAGCCCUUGUUCGCCUACGCACCCUCCUAUCACCAGCCAAUGAAGUCUGAAUACUUGAACGACUACAACGCACACCAGAGCUAUCACACCCCAAGCCACUACUACAGCAAGCCUGGGAUAGUUUACAAGGAGUCACCCAAGUGUGAGCCCUGUCACGAUUCCUACAAACAUCACGAGUCUUAUAAAUACCAGGAGUCAUACCAUCAUCACGAGCCCCAAGUUAUUCAUGUCCCUCCACCCUCUUACAUAAAGCCGCAAGUUCAUUAUCUGCCCACGCACUCUCACGUCUCACCUAUCGUUAAACAUCUCGGUCAUCCUGCUCCCUGUCCGUAAUUAUUUUAAUUAAAAACACUCCGAUAAUUAUUUAUAAACACAGUAUUUUUUUUUAUGUAUCGAUCUCUGACAAGAAAAAUAAAAACUUGAACGCAAAAAAAAAAUAUAUGGUAAUUACGCAGGUAAUUUAUUGCUCUGUAUGUUUGUAAAAAAUAUUGUUUA